GACGUCACAGCUGAGGUAUAAAAAUGUUGUAGUCGAGUUUGCAAGGGAGCGAUCAUGUAACAUCACAGCCCUGUCCUCGCGGUGUCAUGGAUUUAAAGCAUUUCCUGUGCUUUGCUUUUACCACAUGUGCUUUGGGAUUUUCUUCUGCUCCCGAUGACCAAAAAGAAGUAGUAGAGGCUGGAAAGACUGCAGUACUGAAGUGUAACGAUUCCAGUAUUGGCAAAGUGGACAAGGUCACAUGGAUCAGGAAAGAUCUGGGAACAAAUCUGUAUGUUUUCUUCUACCGAGAAAAUCGCCCAUAUGAAAACAUCCAGCAUCCAUCCUUUCGUGGCCGAGUGGAGCUGAGUGAUCCACAAAUUAAACAUGGAAAUGUGUCCCUCACUCUCUACAACACCAACACUAAUGACACGGGAACGUAUGAGUGUCAUGUCGUAGGCCGUCAUGCAGGACGCAGUAAAAGAGCAGUUUCUGAAGUCCAGCAUGUGGUACAGCUGACUGUCAAACCUUCAAGUCAGUCAGGAGGACAAGAGAAGGAUGGAGCUGCUGAACCAAUUCCCGGUCUGUCAGUUCUUGUUGUUGUGACUGUUGUGCUUGUGCUUGUGUCUGUGGCUGCUGUUGUUGGUUUGUUGAUUAAGAAACGGCUCAAAAAAGGGUCAUACAUGUCUGAUUCUGAGGCACUUAACGUAGAUGUUUUAAAUAAACUAACUAACUAAACUGUGUCUCCUGUUGCAAUAUCCAUGUCUCUGUGCAGCAGUGUCUGCAAAGGUCAAACACAAUCUUGCAUUUGUUUUUCCCUGUCUUUCUGGAGGUUAAUUUGAUUUGAAAAUCACAAUACUUAAAUACAUGAUUUCUGUUUUUAAGUUAUCAUAUUAGUGUCAUAAAACAAAGUUGAAGCUAAUGUGUACUAAUGUUCUUGCAGACCACUGAGAGGAAAAAGCACAUCAUAAUGGUCUCAGUUAUCACCAACAGUACUUAGUGAUAAAAUAAUAAGUUUCUCCCUUUAACUGUAAUUUUUCCCUUUCCCUUUGACUUUCAUUUCUUACAUGGGAUUAUUAAUAUUGUUAUUAUUAUUAUUAUUAUUUUAUUAUUGAAAUCUAUUGAUUUUUAACAAUGUUUAAGUAAGGUUAUCUUGUAACCUUUUCAUUUUUAUGACUUUCUUAUUAUCAGUGAAAUGGAAAAAGAAAAUAAAAACGCCGUACAACAAGCUA